AUGCUGGCGUUCUCAAAGUGUUUGGCGACCAUUGGUAUAAGAAGCGAGCAACAAGUUCAGAAGAUCCAUUCAUUGAUAAAAGAUAACUAUAAUGAGUUGGAAUCAUACACUAAUAAACCAAAGAAGACUCUGAGAAUCAAAUUGGACUUGUUUGAAGAGGAACCAGAAUUACUACCAGUAGCGGCUUCUGAUGCCAACGGCAAAGCUCCUUCGAAAGUAAAGAAACUGAAGUUCAAGAAGAUCUCUAAAACAGAUGCUCAAAGACUUCGUACAACCUUAGAAGUGGAUUCCAGAUCCGAGAAGAGUCCUGGGCAACAGCAACCUAAGAUCUUGCCAGUGUCACAAGGUGAGACACGAGCUGAAACUAACCAGAAGAAAGGUCUAUCUUUACUGCCACUUGCAGAGCAUGAGCAGGGUGCUGGAACUGAAGCACUAGAAAAAGAUGACUUUAAGUUCUUGUUGGACAACGACAAUAACGUGGAGAACGACAGAGAAUGGUACAUGGAUGAUUUGAAAGAGGAACACGAAACCAUGGAAACCAAAAUAGAAGAAGAACGUAGAUCGAAAGCAAAGGGGGCGGUUGGUGAUAACAGAACUGGUGGCUCGUAUAACGAGAAAGGUGAAUAUGUUGACUAUGAUCAUGACCCUCAAUAUGAUGAUUCUUCAAGAUUACAGAUUAGGAGCCAUUUCAUGAUCCCUCCUUUCUUGGACGCCCAUUCGGAGUCCCUAAUGUUGUUAAAUAAAGACAAUACUCAAAAUGGAGUGGUUCUAACAAAAUUGGGGCCUUCAAUCUCACCUAUUAAAGAUCCACUAUCCGAACUAGCAGUUCUGGCGAGCAAAGGUAGUUUUGUAUUGAGGGAGGCAAGAUCAAAGAAGGAAAAGGCAAAACAAGCAAAAGAUAAGUCUUCAUUGUUAGGAACGGCAAUGGGUAAAGCUUUAGGUCUAAAGGACGGGGAGAAUGAUGAAGCCCACCAUUCUCGAGCCGUGAUUGCUUCCAGUGAUUAUGAUGAAAAGUACGAUAGAGCCGUGAUCGACAAGCAGAGGAAAUCGCUUCCAGCAUACCGAGUACGAUCAGAGGUUAUCCGGAUUAUUUCAGAGAACCAAGUGACCAUCAUCAUUGGUGAAACUGGUUCUGGUAAGACGACUCAAUUAACUCAAUUUUUGUAUGAGGAAGGUUUUGCCAGCAAUAUUGCAAAGGGGAACAGCAGGAAACUUAUUGGAUGCACUCAACCAAGAAGAGUGGCCGCGAUGUCAGUAGCCAAAAGAGUUAGCGAAGAAGUUGGAUGCAAACUUGGCGAAGAAGUUGGUUAUGCCAUUAGAUUCGAAGAUAUGACUAGCCAUGAUAAGACGGCGAUAAAGUAUAUGACAGAAGGUGUUCUUCUACGUGAAUUAUUGGUGGAUCCAUAUCUCGAGCAAUAUUCAUGUGUGAUAAUGGAUGAAGCUCAUGAGAGACUGUUGAAUACAGAUAUUUUACUUGGUCUUUUAAAGCAAUUGGUUUCUAAGAGGAACGACUUGAAGCUUGUAAUAACCAGUGCAACCAUGAAUGCUGGAAAGUUUGCCCUGUUUUUUGGAGAUGCUCCUUGCUUUACCAUUCCCGGUAGAACUUUCCCAGUGGACAUUUAUUUCAGUCAUAGCAGCUCUCUGGAUUAUGUUGAAAGUGCUGUCAAGCAAGUACUAACGAUUCAUCUUUCGAAUAGUGCAAAUGGGAACGAUGGUGAUAUACUUGUGUUUAUGACAGGGCAAGAAGACAUUGAAAUGGUAUGUCAAUUGAUAGAAGAGAAACUUAAUCUUCUUGAGGGCCCACCUCCCUUGGAUGUGCUUCCAAUUUACUCCACAAUGCCUCUGGAUUUACAAAGAAGAAUUUUUAAUAAAACUGACAAAGAGAGAAGGAAAUGUGUCGUUGCAACUAAUAUUGCUGAGACUUCGUUAACAGUUGAUGGGAUCAAGUACGUCAUCGAUUCUGGUUUAACUAAGAUGAAAGUAUACAACCCUAAGUUAGGAAUGGAUGCAUUGCAAGUUGUUCCCAUUUCCAUAGCGAAUGCUGACCAAAGAAGCGGGAGAGCAGGUAGAACUGGGCCAGGUGUUGCUUACAGGUUGUAUACUGAACGCCAGUGUACUCCAGAGCAAAUGUAUUCUCAGCCUAUACCUGAAAUCCAAAGAACAAACUUGAGCAAUGCAAUGCUUUUAUUGAAACAAAUGGAUGUUAAUGAUGUCAAUCAUUUCCCCUUUUUGGACCCUCCCCCUUCAGAUCUCUUAAACUUCUCUCUUUAUGAUUUGUGGUCUUGGGGAGCUCUAACAAAUGUUGGUGAACUUUCGGAUCUAGGACACAAAAUGACUAGACUACCCAUGGAUCCUGCCCUUUCAAAACUAAUCUUACUUUCAUGUGAAGAUGAAUUCCACUGUUCUGUUGAUGUGGUGAAGAUUGUUAGUCUUUUAUCAGUUCCAGGAAUUUACUAUCGACCAAAGGAACGUUUACGAGAAGUUGAUAUGGUACUAGAAAAGUUUAUUGUUAGUGAAAGUGACCAUUUGACCUUAUUGAACAUUUACAACCAGUUCAUUGCUCAGUUGAAAAAAGAUGGACGAAGAGUGAGUCAAUGGUGCUCAAAGAACUUCUUGCAAGUUAAGUCAUUGAUGAGAGCACGAGAUAUUGAAGCGCAGAUUCAUUUGAUUUUGAAACGAUACAAGCAUCCCUUUCUCCACGCUAGGAAUGACGACGAUAUACGGAAAUGCAUCUGUGCAUCCUUUUAUCAUCAACUGGCCAAACUUUCAAAGACAAAUAUGUUUGGUGAGUCAGAAUUUGUCAAUUUGCGUCACAAGUAUAUGAAGAUGUACUUGCAUCCCACAAGUGGGUUAAAUAAGAGCUCUUUGAUGACGAACUAUGUGGUUUACCAUGAGUUAAUAUUGACAAGCAAGGAAUAUAUGAACUGCGUCACAUGUGUUGAGCCUACAUGGUUACUUGAAUAUGGACCUAUGUUCUAUGAAUGUGAGAAUCAUUCAUCAAGUCAUGCUGUUUUUGUCAAACAAUUGGAAACAGACCGUCAGCAGUACGAGGAAAAGAAGUCAUUAAGUUACAGUAUUACAAGGACAAAAUCAUCUAACGAAGCAAGGCCUCAAUCUAGAAAUACUUCAAAAUUCAAAAAGAGACGAGCAUUUUGA